GGCAACACUGUAUUUUGACAGGCGACAGAAAAACGAAACAAAAUGUGGCUGUUGCGUUUCAAAAUUGAGAUGUCUCUUUGCAUAUCAUUACUCGCCUUAUCAGUGCAGCUUUGUUCUGCCGCUUAUUACGCGGACAAUGGCGUGGACCAGACCAUCAUUUACCGCACGUUGCCAAAGUCUGAAAGGCGUGAAAUGCAGCAAGAAAUAUUGAACCUGUUGGGACUCGACCACAGACCCAAGCCGAAGAUCCACGAGCGAAGGUUCUCCGCACCACGCUACUUGCUCGAUCUCUACAACUCUUUCAAGGAUGAAGACAACGGGGACAUUCACCUCGACGCUACGCAGGCACACAAUGAGUUCAUCACAAACAACCAAAGUUUGCGGAUGAUCAACGAUUCCGAUGUUAUCAUUAGCUUUCUCAACCAUGCACAUCACCAUUCACUUCACCUGCGCCAUGACAACGAAAAACGGUUUUGGUUCGACGUCAGUGAAGUAUCUCCUGGGGAGAAAAUUCUCAAGGCGGAACUCAACAUCUACCGAGAGGCUGCAGCUAGUAGUUUACCAGCAGACCACACGUGCACACUCGAGAUCAGUGUACUGAGGCAUGGCGUCAAAAUCGAAGAUGUUAUACUCCAGCACGUGGACAAUCUAACUAUAGAUGCAAAGACACACGGGUGGCUCACGUUUAACGUCACCGAGCCAUUUCUGACGUGGGUGGCAUUUCCCAACGAGAAUAUGGGUCUCUUUAUGCAGACUCACUGCAAAGCAUCAGGACACAGUAUGCACCCCCACGAGUUGCAUCCGCACGAUCUCGGCCUAGUAGGGUCAGGUGGCCGCAAUGACCUACAGCCAUUCAUGGUGGCCUUCCUGCGAGAUGGGGGACCCAGCCGUCGCCGCCACCGUGUUACACGAGCUACUCGCAAGCGCCACAGUGCUGAUGUCAGCUACAGCGGCCGACAUGAGAAGAACCCAUACUUUGACACGCGACCAUCUGGACGAAAGAACAGCUGCCAAAAGCGAAACUUGUUUGUGAGCUUUAAAGAUCUUGGGUGGCAGGAUUGGAUCAUAGCUCCAGACGGGUACACAGCGUUCUACUGUGACGGAGAGUGCUCGUUCCCACUCAACAUGAACGCCACCAACCACGCCAUUGUGCAGACCCUCGUGCAUCUGGUGGAUCCCGCUCAGGCACCCAAGCCCUGCUGCGCUCCCACCCGCCUCUCGGCCAUCAUGGUGCUCUACUUCGACGACAAUUCCAACGUCAUCCUCAAGCGCUACAAAAACAUGGUCGUCAAGGCUUGCGGAUGCCAUUAGGCUGCCCUCUUUUCUACAAACACAGUGUGGGCCACAUUUUUCCGCCGAUCCGUCAGUUAUUCGAGGGCAAUCCGUCACAAUGGUCUAGUGGUUAUGGUGCUUGACUGCUGACCCGAAGGUCGCGGGAUCGAAUCCUGCCCGUGGCGGCCACAUUUUUGAUGGAGGCAAAAAUGCUUGAGGCCCAUGUACUUAGAUUUAAGUGCAUGUUAAAGAACCUCAGGUAGUAGAAAUGUUCGGGGCCGUCCACUGCGGCGUCCCUCAUAAUCAUAUCCUGGCUUUGGGACAUUAAACCUCAAAAAUUAUUAUUAUAUUCAAGGGCAUCGCUUUUGAUGCAGGCCGAUAGACCAAGCAGCAGAAGUCAGUGCAAAGAAGGAAACCUGUGGGAAGGUGCAGUCCUUAUCUCUGCGCCACUCCUAUCGCACAGGAACAUUCGAGCACGGACAAAGGAAUUCGUACUUAGUGCUGCAUUAUGGCGAUUUUUAAGCACGCUUUGCUUCAGUUGUGCUGUACUUCAUCACAUUUUGUACUUUGAUUGUCAGUGUAAAGGUAAUAGCUGACUGGCUCUAGUAACCAUUGCAAUGGCUGGCAUGAUAGGAGUGCAUUAGUUUCCAUCUCAUCACAAAGAGUGUGAUCAGGAUAGGCAGCAGAAAUAUUGAGACAUCAGUCCAUGCUUGUGUCCAUAGUGGGGCAUUGUUCUGCACCCUAUACAUUACACGGAAGUUAAUUGUUGUCUCAUGUUGUUGAAUGAGACUAAUUUUAUUGCUUUUUCACUAGCAGUGGUUCAGAUUUCAAUAGCAGCUCGAAACAGGACCUUGUUUUUGCCCACAAGUCUUGUCUGCUGUCUCAUAGGAAAAUGCACAAAAAAAAAAAGGUUUCCUCUCCCUGUGUCAAUACUUUCACUCUGAUUAUGUUUGAAGUGGUAAAAAGCAUAUGUAGGUCAGCUUUCACAGUAAUAUAGCAUGUAACAACAGUCCAAGAGAAAUUAAGAGCAGUGGUUCUCGCAAACCUUGGAUAAGAUUUUAUAUGGGACCAGCUUAAUUAAGGUUUUUAGUGCCAUUACAUCUUUGCUAUAAGUGUGGGGCCAUCGAAGUCCACGGUUGGCCUUAAUAGUUUACGGACUGCACAAAGUUUGUAUAAGAUGUUACGGGACAAACAAAAUUACGACUUCACUGCCAUUAUGCCUUUAUUGUAAAUGUUGGAAUGUUGUUAGUGCACUCGCGAAAUGAAGCCUUUGAAAACUGCAAAACAGACUCAUUGUCACCUGGUCAUAUCCGUGCAUUCAGUAAGAUGUUACUUGUAGAAAAUUUGUCUUCCAGCUUUAGUCCACCAUUUUUUAAGCUAGGGUACCAAAUGGGUAUGAGGCCAGAAUAGGGACUACACCAUUUAGUGGGAUAUAUCACAAACACGUUUACCGGUAGAAUCUAAAUGUACAGUUCGCUUCAAAAGUUUUCAGAUUGCAGGAUCUGAUGAGAGACUGGGCAGAAAACACCAGAGGAUUGUCUAGCUUUAAUGAUAGCUUUUUCAUAUCAUUACCAACAAGCUAUCAUGGGGAAGCCAGUCUCUGCAUGUUGGCAAGCACAUAGCCUAAAAGCAUGUUCAAAUAUGUUAUUUAUGCAGGAUAGUGUAAACACAUAGUUCACUGUAGCCUUCAGCUCAUGAGCAAGCAAAAUUUAUUAGCAUGCUGCUAGUAUUUCGGUAACCAUCCUGUGGAAUGUACCUGCAAGCAAAAGCAGUCCAUUUGCUUUUUGUUUGAAUGAUAAUAAUAAAUUCUCAGAUGUAGUCAGAUUCUGACUAUUUCACAUCACAAAGUUAUUCAUGUCACUAGCUUGUUCAGAUAUUGGCACAGAAGCCCCUGAGCUGCAGCUAUGCGGCUCAGGAGCUUUGGCAGUCUACUGCAAGUUUGAUGCCCAGCCUUGGCAGCUGAUAGAGGGGGAAUGCAAAAAUUCCUGAGGGUAAUGCCUUGGAUGCAAACAUAAUCUGGAAUUUUCCAAAUUAUGCUAUCUUGGUCUCAUAAACCCUUCCAUGCUUUGAGACAUUAAACUUAAUUAGGGAAUCAAUCAAAGUCUAGCUUAAUCACUGAUGAAUGGUUGAACGCAGCCCUCAGAUCGCAUUCAUGUGAGACCAGCUUGGAUAUUAUUUAAUCACGACAAAAGGCUCACGAGUACAAGAUGGCUAGGCUUUUGGGUCAGGUUAGAUUCAUAGUAUAGCACUAUUGUAUGCUUCUCUCUAUACCUUGUUACUCUCAAUCCAAAUUUUUCAUUGCUUAGGCCAAAGCAAGGAGAGCUUAUAGGAGCAUGACAAGUUGCAUUGUGUGAUGAACUGUGAGUGCGAGGUGCCACUGUCAGGACCAUUCGUUUUAGGUUGUUAACAUCCGUUGCCGAUUGUUUCCUGCUGUGCUUGUUAAUGGAGGGACCAUAUGUAUUCAAGUGCUAUUGCAAUGUACUAUUUAACAAUGUGCACUUGUGUUCUUGCCAGGCUGUAUGCAUACCUGAGUAAUGCAUUUGUGUGACUUUUACUGGUUUCUUGCAUCUUCCUCUGUGCCACUUUUUGCCUUCGUCUACAAAGUUGUUUUUUGAUAAGCAGACCAUUGGUGGCGCGGCAUGGGACUCCGAUGUCAAGGAGGAACUGAAUGCAAUGUCAAGAUUUCACUGAAAUGGCCUCACCUGUGUAGCAUAUCUUCAGUGAGGAAGUAUAUAUAUAGAUAUUUAAUCUCAGUUUUCUUGUUCCUUUUUACAUUGUGGCAUUUUGAGCAUUGCAAACCUACUUAUGGUAGUACUUUGAAAGUGUUUCCCUUUACAUUGUGAGUGUGUACAAUGUUUGGUAUAAUUUGCAAACUGAUUAGAAGAGCUUGAUCUCUUUUUUUCAAGAGGCAGAAACGUGGUCACACAUCUCGACAAAGUAAUAUCAACGUACAGGCAUUUAUCUUUUAUGUGGCAUUGUUGUUUGUAUGUGUACAUGUUUUUUUUUUGUUGUUUAGUUAAACCAACAUUACGAAAUACUUGUUGCUUGUUGCAUACUCACUGUGUGAUACAUGUGUUGUGCUGUCUGCAUAAGCUAGACAAUUUAUUUUGAUUAACCGCCUCCUGCGCUGUUGUUACAUUACUGCUACUCAAGGUGUUGUUUGUUGCUUGUAGAGUAAUGUGAGAGCCUUUUACCUUUUGUGUGUGUACGUAUUUAUGCAUGCCUAGACAAGUAAAAGUUUGCCGUUUAGGUAACUGUACCCUGUAGGCAUUGCUUCUGAAACUUCUUGUAAUACUCUUUUGUUCAUUUACUGCACUUUUUACUGCAAUACUCUACAGAUUUUACAAGUGUCACAACGUCACUUUAGCUGCAGCGGCAUGAGAAGGCUGGUGUAUUGUUUCAAGGGACAUGCCAUGUUAAGUUUUGCGGUGUCAUUUUCAAGUUUGCAUCAAUCAUUUUUGCAGAAUGUUUAGCCUUUUCUGGACAACUAAUCAGUACAGACCAGUGCUUCUGUUAAAAUUCUGAGGGCCAUCAACUCCAAUUGUGUAAAUUAUUAGUACGGAGUCUGACAUGGUAAUUCUUUCAAAAUUCACAAGUGUCCAUUUGUUUUCUCUCGGCUAGACUGUGCCCCUGUGUCGCACCUGUGUGCCUGUCACGUAAGGCCUAUUACACGCUAAUUACAGAACAGUUUUAGGUACUUGCCUAGCCGGAGCCAAUUUCGCGUGGAGUUAAUAGCAAUAUGAUCGAGAAUGGAAUUGUUCGAAUAUUUUAAUCUCGAAUUGUUUUAUUGUGAUCUUGAAACUUCCAAGAACUGUAAACUGUCAAUUGCGUACUGAAUCGUUCGCAAAAGUCUUUCAUAUAUACUAAAAAAAUUCAUCUGGGUAUAAAAAAAAAAUUCUCCCCUCUCUCGUUUAAUGGUCAGAUGUUCAGACCAUGAAUGAGUUACCUUAACGAAUAAGUGAUCCGUGCCCCAAUCUCUAGAAUGAAAUUGCCCUCGUUAAUUUUUCUUGCAUGCAUCGCUGAUUUUCAUUUCACAUCCACAUUAUUAAGUCUCAACUCCUUUCUCCUUGUUUUUGCUGCCCUGGCGGGCUCAGUCUUCUGCACAUGGUUCCUCUCUAUGUAGUCGGGAAAAUUUCGAGGCCACACAAUACCAUGGUAACUAUUUCUUUGUUAGGCCUGAAAAUGAAAUGUUUUUGGGACCACAUAUGGACCACAUAAAUUUGCAGUUGACUCUAGAUCAUUUGAACUUGCACAGUAACUCAACAUAUUGGUUAUUUCAAACUGAUCUUUAACUUUACUUAGCCAUUUCUACAUACGAAAAAUUACCUAAGUUGAUUUUUA